CAUUCCAUAGAAAAGAGAGAGAGAGACAGAGAGAAAGAAGACAGAGAGAGAGAGAAAGCAGUCAUCGAAGUCCUUCGUUACCCCCCCACCCCAGUCCAUUACCACCAUUCUCAUUCUGCCUAACCUUCUCACACUGAUAGUGACCUAAACCCGCAGCACACAGGGCCACUGAUUCUGGCCUCGGUGUCCAGGGAUGGAACGAGGAGACUGAGCGUGAUCAGAGAGGCGCACAUUCACAAGAAUACUGGCAAAAUGGUUGCAGAGGAAGUAGUGGUCACCCUCUCAGGUGGAGCUCCUUGGGGGUUCCGACUGCAAGGAGGAAUGGAGCAGAAACAACCACUUCAAGUGUCUAAGGUGAGGAAGCGCAGUAAGGCUUGCAGGGCAGGUCUACGGGAGGCUGAUGAACUGGUGUCCAUUAAUGAUGUGUUUUGUGGUGAACUGUCUCACGCCGAGGCCAUGAAUUUGAUCGACAGUGGCCGGGGAACCCUUCAUUUACGGAUCAAAAGGGCCCCUUUGGGGUUCCCAUCUGUAGUUCUACUGGAUCGAGCCCCCUCUCCUCGCAUUGAUAAAGAAUACCGGGCAGCACUCAGAGCUUUGUCUCCACCAGUGUCCUCGAAAGUAUCAUCUCUCCAUAGAGGAUCACUCAUGUCACCCACCAAUGGCCCAGAAUGGCUGAGAUCCCCUCCUGAAAGUGAAGCAUACUACGGUGAAACGGACAGUGAUGCAGACGUUGCAGCUCAGGACAGACAGCGCAAGCCAAAGCGUCGCAGUCCCAGCAGCUCUCCAGCCAAAACCUUUGGUCGAAUCUCACCCAGUCAGGAUGACAACUCAGAGAUGAGCGGCUGUGAGAGCACAUCUGAUAUGUCUACAUACUCCCAGAUUGAAUCCUGGGCCAUUCCUAAUGGCACACAUGGGAGGGUGGAGAAGAGUUUACCUGGAGUGGCUCGAAGAGAGGUGGUAUACCAGCCUAAUGGGGUGGAGUGGCCUCUUCAGGCCGAGCACUCUUCUGAGAACUCUGAUCAAAGCCCAUCCGGUGCUGUAGAAGUUGAUAGCGGAUUCCAGGAACCCCCUACAGUUCCACUCGUAUCUCCAAAGCGGGCUAAAGAGGCCCUCAUGCGUACAUCCUACUCACAGCUGGUGCCAAUGGUGGGUCCUGUGGAUAAACCUGUGGAUGAAGAACUCACCAUGACAUAUAUGGAUAAAGCCAAGGAAGCCAAACUUCACAGAAGUGAGAGUGUGCAGGACAAGCAGGUGAAGGAAGCUCGAUCCAAGUGUCGCACCAUUGCCUCUUUGCUGACAGAUGCUCCCAACCCUCACUCUAAAGGUGUGCUUAUGUUCAAAAAGCGCCGACAGAGGGCUAAAAAAUACACACUUACCUGCUUUGGCAGUGUUGACACAGACCACUGUAGCAACACAGACGGAGAGACAGAGGACGAGAGCAUUUUUCUUGGCAGUGAAUCAGAGAUUGACGAGGACAGCCUUUCUACAGCACCGGACCCUACAUGGGACAGUGGAUACCUGGACGUUUUAGAGAGGAGGACCUCAGCAUAUGUGUUGUCUGAUGGGGAGGCAGAUGGUAGUCUGGGCUUAAGCGACACUUCAGGGAGAGGGGCAGAGCUUUUUGAGCAGCAAAGGAAGAAGGCUGAGAAACAUAUACCAACACCCAUCACUCCUACAGCGAAUCCCAUACCCCAGCAACAGUCUGACACUAUGCUGACCUACACAUCCAUUACUCCAGUGACACCAGUCUCCUCCCAUAAUACCAACAUGGUGAAUGGGGAGCCUGUGGUGGUGAGCAGAACCAGUGUAGUGCUAUCUUCACCUAGCCAGACGUCCAUGCCCGCUAUGUCAGGGGCCUUUCCAGAGCAGUCAGAUGCUUGCUCUGGAAGCUCAGUUAUGAAUAGAACUGCAAGGCCUUUUGCCCCAGGCUGUGUCAGUCAUAGAGCUGCAACAGUCCCAGUCAUCUUCAAGCCCAACACUUCUAAGAAGACCCCACUUCAAGCUCAAGCGGUAUCUGUGGCAACAGUACCAGCUUCCUUCUCUUCUAAUGGCUCUGAUGGGAAAAGAGCCAGUUCAACCCUGUACAUCCCCCCAAGACCAUCCACUGUCAGUCUUCCCACCUCUAUCUUGUCUCCAUCCUCCUCUGUGGCCUCUGCUCCAUUUUCUCCUACUUCUUCAAAUGGUAUACUUGUCAUGCCACAGAGUUCAGGUACUUCUGCUUAUCACUCUCCUCCAGUUGCCCCUACUCCACCAGCUAUGAAUUCACAAUCUUUUUCAUCACCACCAACACAAAAUAUGUCCUUCAGCCCAUCUCCUACCAUGGCUCAACCUCCACCACCAUCAUCACAAUCAUAUUUAUCCACUUAUACCCCUAGCCAAUCCCUUCCCCAAGUCCCAACCCCUGCCCCUGCUCAAGUACCUGCACCAGCCACUCAGGGCCCAAACACGCAACCACCACCAUCACCUCACAAAGUUUCUUUUAACCCAUAUAUCUCAGUGGCAACCACAACGUCUGGAACAGCAGAGUCCUCCAUAGUACAUCAGUAUCCACUUUCCAAUUCAAGUACAGGGAUUUCUUCUCGAGAACAGCGCAUCUCUGUACCUGCUGCCCGAACAGGCAUCCUGCAGGAAGCUCGUCGCCGUGGCACUAAGAAGCCCAUGUUUAGCAAACCUGAAGAGAAGAAACCUGUGUCCUACAACCCUGACCUGCUGUCUCUAGUGCAGAACCUUGAUGAGAGGCCCCGCUCUGGGGCAGAGCAUGGAUUUGAGUCAGGCCCAGAGGAAGAUUACCUCAACCUGGGUGCAGAGGCUUGCAACUUCAUGCAGGCUCAAAGGAGCAAGAUACCUCCACUAGUUGCUCCUAAGCCAGCAAAUACCACAAUUGAUAUCCCCCAGAUGGGUGGCAAAGGAGCAGAUUUGUUUGCUCGUCGACAGAGUCGCAUGGAUCGCUAUGUGGUGGACAAACAACCCAAGUCGCCAGCCAAGCCACGAGAGCCCUCACCCACCCCAUCUCUUCCAGCUCACUGGAAAUAUUCCUCUAAUGUUCGUGCCCCUCCACCUAUCAGCUACAAUCCAUUGCUGUCCCCCUCUUGCCCCCCAGUGGCCCAACGAAGUAGUAAGGCCAAUGAAGCUGCAAAAAGUGGAAUAAAAACGAACCCUGGUCAGCAAAAACAAGGCAUCAAAGCUCUGGACUUCUUAAGCAGACAGCCAUACCAGCUUAAUUCCUCUUUGUUCAGUUAUGGUGGGGGAGUUCCCCAGCCUAUGACCACCUAUCAACAACAGCAUCAGCCAUCAAUGUCAAAUGGAGUUGGGGUAGUCGGCACAACCCUAAACUCACCAAAACAAGUGCCUGUCAAAGCACAACGUAUAUAUGAGAUCAAGCGCUUUUCAACUCCCACCCCAAUGUCAGCACCCACAGCCUUGAACCCCACUGUGAUUGUACCACGCUCUGCCACCACUCUGGCUGAGCCCCUGUGGCAUUCUGAAAUUGCUUCACCUCCACCUAUUACUCCACGAUCUUCUGCACCCUUCUGCUCACCACCCACUACCCCAACCUCUCCACCACCUCCUGCCCCUACAGGGGCCCUGCCAGCACUGCCCAAACUUUCCACUGCUCCUGUACCUAACGCAAUGCCUAUCCCAGGACCUGUUCCCAUGCAAGCCAAUGCACCUUACCAAGCAGCCAAGCAGUUUAAGAGUGCCCCGAAUCUGAGUCCCCUCUCCCCAAGUGGAAUGCGCUCAGCUGUAUCUGCAAGUAGCCAAAAUCUGCAAGCACCUAGACCACGCUUUAGCACCUCAAGUAUGGGCCUGCAGCCCAAAGUGUGGAGGCCAGGCUCAAUACUAUAUUAAGCAAUAUACAGUCACAAAAUAUCACCUCCAAGGUGCAACACUAACCAGAGACCCUGCCUAAAGCGGAUGUAUUACACUGCAUCUGGUUGUGAAUCAUUCACCACAAUAAUAGGAUCAAGACACUAAUUACAUGAUUUAUUCAGAACAUAAUUUAUGUGUUAAACAUUUGUAUAUCACUUUAAAUAGCUGCAACUUUGUUGUUUCACUUGUUAUUAAUGUUAUGAAUGUGUGAUGCACAAACAAAUCAUAUAUGAUGCUAAUACUGGGAUAUUUUUCAGAUAAAUAACAAUUAAAUGCUCUAUUACUAUUUUAUUCACUGGAUUUAUCAGGAAAAGGAAUGACCAGGGACAUUGUUUAAGCUGUGGAAAAUGGCAGCACUAGACAAAAACCUUGAUAGGUUAAAACAAGGGAUGGAAUUUUGAAAGAUGAAGAUGAAAGAUAAAUGAAUAUGUGCAGCUCAACUCAGUAUCAUGAGUUAUAGACUGUCCGUGACUGACUCAAGGACUCCAGAGAGUUUUGUAUACAUGUGCCAAACUUGCCAUCGGAUGUAAAGAACGUGGAUAUAUUUGAAGCAGUGACAAAACAGCGAAAACAGUUAUUGUGAUAAAGAGAUAUAGGAAAGAUGCUUGAAGGAUUCUGUGUGGAAACACGAUUGACGUCCUCAUCAGGAGAGAUGGUACAAACCAUGGUUACUCAAAUCUGGACACAAUCUAUUUGGCUGCUUGAUGCAUGUGCACAUCUGCAUCUUUUGCUGAUUCAGCCUGCCGAUCGCUUGCCGCUGCCUUCUUCUAUAAUCUGCAAUGCAUGUGAAUCCACCUGUGAGGAGCUGAGAUGAAUGCAUGACCGGUUGGGGAAAAAACCCAUGUAAUUGCUACACAUCAUCAACUUUUACAUUUUGCUGUUUUGGCGAUUAUUAUUGCAGAUGGUUUUGCAAUUUUUGUUUUGUUUUGUUUCAUUCUUGUUUGUUGUUGUUUGUUUGUUUGCAUACCAAGCCUCUUUGUCAUGUGUGAAUGAACCUAGUUUUUCCAAAAUGGUCUAAAUGUGUAAAAAAUUAUAUAUGCAUAUACACUUUUUAAAAAAAAGUACUAAACUGUAUAUAUUUCCUGUUCCCUGGUGUGAUGCCUUCAGUCAUACAUCUUUUGUACCUUUAGUAUAUAUCUUUUACUUGGAAUAGUCCAUGUAUUGUACCUUUACAUCGUUACAAAAAUAAUUACAGGCAAAAGAGUGAUCAUUAAGGUCCCGAUAAGUACCUUAAUAGACACACACCCCAGGGAAAUAUACAGGUACAGCUUAGUACUUUUUAUCUGUAGUAUAACAAGCACAAUAGUCAAAUUCUGUGGUUGGUGCCAUUUCUCCUCUGAGGUUUGGUUGUUGGUUUUUGGCUAUAUUAUUGAGAGCAUUUAUAAUAAUAGUCCCUCCUUUUUUAUUUCAGUUAGUAGCAGACAGACAUUGGUGUGUAUGUAUCCUACAAUCCAAGUUAAGAUGUUUUAAGAUGUUCAUUUUCCUGUUGUAUUAUCUGCCUUUAGUUUACUUUAAAAAAAUAUAUAUACAUUAACAGUAAAUAUUUCUUUUGUUAUAAUUGCAUAACAGCUUUAACUAUGAAUAAAGCAAAGCAAAAGAGGUAGUAGCUUGUUUGACAGAAAUAUGAAGGCUCUGGAUAUUGUAUUGUGUCAAAUAACAUUGACUGGACGACACACUAACGCUUUAGCAGAGCAAUAAAAUAAAACUUAAUAAA